CUGCCGUGCCCGGGUUUAUUUGCGCUGCGGGGCGCGCGCUGCCCAGGUGCUGCUGCUGCUGGGGGGAGGCGGCUGCUCCCCCAGCCUCGGGGCUCGGAUGGACGCGGUGGUCCUGGGCAGCGGCCCCGGGCUGCUGCUGCUGCUGGCGCUGGGCCUAGCAGUUUCCAACUGUGUGGGUGCCGGCUGGAACGUGACUGCUGACUACGGAGUGAAGAGGCCUCUAUGCAGCUCUCCGGAGGACUGUACAGAUAACAUCACGCAGUUGCGGCGGAGAGGGCACUUUUCUAAGUGCCCCGAGGAAUACAAGCAUUACUGUGUCAAAGGGCGAUGUCGCUAUGUAAUGGCAGAAGAGACACCAGCUUGCGUCUGCGAGAAAGGCUAUACUGGCGCAAGAUGCGAGCGAGUGGACAUAUUCUACUUGAGAGGAGAUCAAGGCCAGGCUGUAGUGAUUUGCUUGAUCGUUGCAAUGGUGGCGCUGGUUGGCCUGAUAAUAUGCAUAUGCACGUGCAGUCAUCACUGUCGGAAGCGCCGCAGGAGGAGCAAGGAAGAAGAAAUGGAAACGCUAGAGAAAGAGUUGCCUACCAAACAGGAGGAUGUCCUAGAGACGGACAUUGCAUGAAGGUUACUGAAGGCACCUGCAGGCAGGUUCCAAACAGCACAAUGUCUUGCUCCAUUGGAGAGGGACACCGAAGGGCUAUUGCCUGGAUAAUAAAUGCAGAUGAAUGAUAA